AUGGUAAUGGAAAAUCUCAAUUCAAGUUCUGGAGAUUACUUUAUUCUUCCGGAUUUUUCUAAAUGGCCUAAUCUAGAAGCUGUUCUCUCUGAGGUGAUCUUGAUAUUCCACUUGAUGACACUGACAGGCAAUCUAUUCAUCAUCAUCGUGUCAUACCUAGAUUCCCACCUGCACACCCCUAUGUAUUUCUUCCUUUCAAAUCUCUCUGCUCUGGAUCUCUGCUUCACCACUAGCUCUGUCCCUCAGCUGCUUUGGGGUCCAGAGAAAACAACAUCUUAUACUGGAUGCAUGCUGCAACUCUACUUUUUCCUUGCACUGGGUACCACAGAGUGUGUUCUAUUGGUGGUGAUGUCCUUUGACUACUAUGCAGCUGUAUGCAACCACUUGCAUUACACUGACUUCAUAAAUCCUCAUUUCUGCCACCUGCUGGCUGCAGCAUCCUGGGUAAGUGGCUUUACCACAUCAGCACUUCAUUCCUCCUUUACCUUCUGGGUACCCCUGUGUGGACAUCGCCAAGUGGACCACUUCUUCUGUGAAGUGCCAGCACUGUUGAGCCUAUCCUGUGUUGAUAUCAGUGCAAAUGAGCUGACCCUCAUGGCCAUGAGUGCCAUUUUUGUUGUUAUACCAUUUAUUCUCAUUUUAAGCUCUUAUGGUGCCUUAACAUGCACUGUCCUAAGAAUGCAAUCAACCACUCGAGUUCAGAAAGUUUUUGGGACCUGUGGAGCCCAUCUUACUGUUGUUUUACUAUUUUUCAUUCCAAUUAUGUACAUUUAUCUUCAGCCUCCAGCAGAAAAUUCUCAAGAUCAAGCAAAGUUCAUUGCCCUAUUCUAUACUGUUGUCACACCUAGCCUGAAUCCUCUCAUCUACACCCUAAGAAACAAAGAUGUCAGAGGGGCAGUAAGAAGGCUGACUGGGCAUGAGCGGGAGCUAUGA